CGAAAGGUUAUCCGUUCAAAUCGGGUGUGGUUCAAUACCUCAUUAUACAACCGUAUAUUUUUUGUUUCUUUUUGCUCUUUUUGCUGUUUUUUUGGCCGAUGAAGUCUCCACCUUUCUACGCAAAAAUAGCAUUCCAUGUUCCCCAAAUCCGUUUGCAGGAUAGUAAUGUUUUGUCGUCGGGUUAGAACCGAGCAUCUUCUGUGGUGAUUGGGACGGUCCCCACUUAACCGAAGAGAUUAUGGUGGCAGUGCUCAUGGCAAUCCGUAUUAAUUUACGAUAUUAGAGGCAGCAUUUCGAUUUUGGAAUUAGAAUUGAGGAUCUGGGGACCGCUCUUUCUAUUUAAUAGUCCCUUCAUGCCCAGUUAUAUAAAGUUUCUUUCCCCAUUCAAACCUCAUCCUCUGGAAAAUUACCCCAAAGCCGGGCAACCCCGCCUUUUCUAUAUCACAACUCCAACAUGGCUUCAGUCCUCUUAGAAUCCGCAGAUGCAAAGAAUAGCUUUGUCGACCUAUCCGGAGUGGACAGCUCGGCCUUUUCGAAUCCUUAUGAUGCACUGAUUGAGGCUUGCAAUGAUGACCCGGCCCUCCUCCAACAAAAAUACUCCAACCACCGCCAAACCCGCAACGCCCAACAAAAAGCAAACCUCCUCUCCCCAACCUUCCCCGGCCUAAUCCUCGACGGCAUCCUCCUCCGCCGCGUCGACCCCACCAUCUCUCCCGGCUACAUCGACCCCCGCAACAGCCUCGUCUUCUGGGGCCGUCCACCCCCCCACGUCCGCACCCUCGCCGCCACCAUCCAAGCCAAACUCAAGGAAAUCUCACCUCGUAUCUGGCUCAUGCCCCCGGAAAAUAUGCACAUCACCCUCCUAGAGAUCACGCACUCGCGUCCCCCCUCCGCUAUCCCCCCGCUCAUCAAGGCCCUCAGCCCCGUCAUCCCAACCAUCAUCUCCGCCCCCACCAAAUCCCCCAGCCGCCUCAUCAAGCCGCUCGUCUCCUUCGACGCCGCAGCCGUAGCGCUGAGUUUCGUCCCCGUCGCGGAUGAGAAAUACUCCUACCACCACCUGCGCCGCGAUCUAUUCGCCUUGACGGCCGGCACGGGCGUGGAGGUGGGGAGUAGGUAUGUGGUUCCCAGUGCGCAUGCGACGCUGGGGAGGUUUAUUUAUGCGGAGGAUCAUGAUAGUACGGAGAAGAUGGAGAGGUGGGUGGAGGGGAUUGAGAAGAUAAAUCAGUGGCUUGAGGAGACGUAUUGGGGGGAGGGUGGGCUGGAGUGGGUGGUUGAUCAGGAGUUGGUGCUGAGGGAGGGGAGGUUGUGGUAUGGAGGGGGGGAGACGGUUGCGGGGGAGGGGGUGGAGUGGAAGGGGGUUUAUGAGAAGGAGGUGGAAAGCAUUUGAGAAGGCGAUAGAUGGGGUUGAACAACUAGAGAUGAUUGUAUUAAAGUUAGUGUCCCACCUACUAUUCUCCAAAUGAAUUGGUCGGCAAUUAAGAUGUAUAUUCCCAUAACGGUGAAGUUAUCUUGUAACAGAACUACAACCAUACCAGCAUUAGCAUCACCACUACGGCCAGAACGCGUCCAUGCCGCCGUUAUACGCAC